GUGACUGUGGUUUUCAAGAUGACAUUCUAAACACGGAACAGACAGUGGAAUCAAAAUACUAGAUUAUUCUAGUGGUUGGAAGGUGUAUCUACUUUUUCAUGUUGGUCAAACUAUGCUCAUGUACCGGCAAGCUCAGAUUUCUUGCUAUCAUUCAACCAAGUGGUGGUCUCCGAGGCUGGCAAACUGUAGUGCUACCUCAGAACAUCGGCGCCCCCUUGAGUUAGGUCACCAUUUCUUAUUUAUUUUUGAUGUAAGUUUGAUGAUUUAUGCCACUGUGAUCCAGACUGCCUUGUGGUGCAGAUGUUCAUUGGAGUCUGGUAGGCAAGCAUUCCUGAGGCGUUUGUACAGUUUCUUUGGUCAGUUUCGGUCGAACAUUCGCAGCUACCGCAGCCCCAUUCCUUAUCGCCAAGAUAUUUUUCCUGCCGAGCCAAAAGUACCAACAUUCUGCCCACUGACAACCAUCAUCCUACCCACCAUCUUCAUUCCUGCCUUUCAAAUUGCUCGCCACCCUUCACGUCAUCUGCCAUAUCAGCUAACGGACUUGCGUGUCAUAAAACAUUUCCGAUGAUGGUGGCUAGUACCUUGACGGUGGUUGGUCGUGAUGAUGAAGGUCAACAGACAGACCUUUAACCAUUCCCACCAGCCACCCCAGAUGUGAGCGCCAGAGUGGCGCAGAAAUUGCGCAGACUUUACGCAGACUGGCCAUUUCUCACAUGACCUCUAUUUUUUUGUCUCUUCUGCCACCGCGGAGACCGCCCAUAUCGGGCACAGCAGCCGGGCACACGGCAGGCCACACCUUCAAGCGGAGUAUGAAAGUUACUGUGUCCGCCACUGUUUCUCACGCUUGCUCACUGUCUGCAACAGCACCAAGGAUUU